AUGGGAAGAAAUAUCCUUCCAAAAUCGAUUGCACUUCCCUUUUCCAUGUUGGCUGAAAAGCUAAACGCAAAGCCCUUUAUGGAAUAUGCGCUUUCAUAUGCGCUAUAUAACUACAAAAGAAUUGACGCCACGAAGGAGAUUUCCUUUGAUAAUCUUUCUUUGAUAAGAAGCUUUGAGGGAUCCAAAGAUGAGGCUGGAUUUGUACUUGUCCAUGUGGAUAUGGUUUCUCAUUCUGCAAAAUUGAUCGCCGCAACUGAAGAUAUACUCUGUGCACAAGAUGACAUGUCUCUUGUUGCUGGACUAUCGAAAAUGACAACUUGUUUUAGAGCCAUCAAUGACUCCAUGCAAAAAAUGUGGUCUAGAAGCUCGCCUGAGGGCUAUGCCUCUUUUAGGACCUUUAUCAUGGGCAUUAAAAAUCAGCCCAUGUUUCCGAAUGGUGUUGUCUAUGAAGGGGUUUCCUCUGAUCCCUUGUUUUUUCGCGGAGAAAGUGGAGCCAAUGACUCUAUGGUCCCGCUUUUAGACAACCUUUUAGAAAUAACCAAUAAGAUGCCCGAUAAUCCCCUGACUCAAAUCCUAUCCGAAUUUCGGACAUACAGGCCCAUUCUUCACGAAAAAUACUUGAAACUGGUCAAAUCACGUUCUGAGGGCCUGAUAGAGAGAUGUAUGAAAUCCGAAGAAAGUGCAGCACUUGCAAUAACUUUGAUGGACUUUUUGAGAGAAUUUAGAUGGAGACACUGGCAUUUUACAAAGGCCUAUAUCUUAUCCUACUCAAAGCAUCCCGUCGCAACUGGAGGCUCGCCUAUCAUAAAAUGGCUCCCCAAUCAGCUUAGUGUUGUUUUAUCCGAGGUUUCAAAACUUUGUGAUCAAUAUCAAUCGUCAUUUGGCCCUCUCAACAGCCAAAUAAUGAAAAUUAAGGAAAAGUCUAUCAUUGAUAUCGACACCUUAAACAAGGAAAUUAAAUUCCUCGAGGAGACCUUUAAAUGA